AUGGGUAGUUGGAUAAUUGCUUGUUUUGACUUGGCCAAUGAGACGUAUCGAGUAGUGGUCCGCCCAAAGAACAGAGAUACUGAACAUGAUCAUCGACUUGGAGUGUUAGGAGAUUGCAUUUCUGUGUUUUACAAUUACGAAGGAAAUCACGCAGAUAUAUGGGUAAUGAAGGAAUGUGGAGUUAAGUGGUCUUGGAUUAAGGUUUUCUCAAUCCCUUAUGUUGAUCGUCCUCUUAAAAGUUCUGCAGAGAUGUCUCGGCCUAUUUGCAUGUCGAGGAAUGGUGAAGUACUGUUUGUCUUAAGCUCAGAGCUGUUACUUUACAAUCCUAAGGCUGAUACCUUUAGGAGGUAUCCAAAGAUAGGUUGUCUUCAUAACGCAGUUAUGUAUGUUGAGAGCUUAGUUUCGCCAGGUAUCCAUGAUACAGUACAACCCAGAAAUAGCAUUUAA